GGUUUAUAAUAUACUUUUCGGUCAAAUGCUGUGACAGUUUAUGGGUCUGGCCUGGAAAUGUGUGUCUGCCCGCCGGGCAUUGCCUGUUGAGCCAGCUGGCCCGCCCAUGCCUGCUCUCCAUUACUUUCUAAUCGACUCUUUUUAUCAGGGACACCAGACUUCAACAGAAUACCGGGGGAGCCUAGUUUCACUUUACACCGGCAGGAAUCUUUCUUUCACAGAUGUCUGUACCACAGAUGCGCGAAGCUUCCCCAUCCUCCCUCCAGCUGUGCAGGGUGAUGAGACCGGACGAUGCGAAUAUUAUGGGCAACGUUCACGGUGGCAUCAUCCUCAAGAUGAUUGAGGAAGCUGGAGCCAUCGUUGGCACGCGGCACUGCAACACACUCAAUGGAGAACGGUGUUGGGUAGCGCUGGUGCGGGUGGAGAAGACUGAGUUUUUGGUCCCCGUGUUCAUCGGUGAGGUGGUCCACGUCUCAGCUGAGAUCACCUUCACGUCCAAACACUCACUGGAGGUCCAGGUCAAAGUCAUGGCCGAGAACAUCCUCAAAGGCACAAAAAAGCUGGCCAACAAGGCGGCGCUGUGGUACGUCCCCUGUUCUCUGGAGAACGCUGACAAGAUCCUGGAGGUGCCGCCCAUCAAGUAUGCUAGCGCUGAGCAAGAGGAAAUGGGCAGGAAGCGUUAUGAAGCACAGAAAAUUGUUCGAUGGGAGACCAAAGCAAGGAUUGAAGAAGUGCUUCCACCUCCUCUGAACCCAGAACCGCACACAGUUGGCUUCAGCCAGUCCAGUCUGAUUCAUCUGUUGGGGCCGUCAGACUGCACAAUCAGUGACUACGUUUACGGAGGUGUGACCAUGAAGCUGAUGGAUGAAGUUGCUGGAAUUGUGGCAGCUCGGCACUGCAACACCAAAAUCGUCACGGCGUCUGUGGAGGCCAUCAACUUUCAUCGCAAGAUUAAGAAAGGUUGUGUGGUGACAGUGACAGGGCGGCUCACGUUUGCCAGCAACAGGUCCAUGGAAAUCGAAGCGUUGGUGGACGCCGCCUCACUGGUGGACGAUGAGAAAGUGAGCUACCGUGCUGUCUCAGCGUUCUUCACCUACAUCUCCCUCGACAAGGAUAAUAAGCCUCUGCCUGUCCCUCUCCUGAAGAUUGAAGGAGAGGAGGAGCAGAGACGUUUUGAAGAAGGCAAAGCACGUUAUCUCCAGAACAAGGCAAAGAGACUUGCAGAUAGAGCGCCAGCAGUGACCCAGUGACUCACCAGAACCAAAUGCCUGCAACAAUAUUUUAUCAACUCCUCUCCACUCACAAUAUAUACAGUAUAGUUGUAGCCUGUUGAACUUCAUUCUGUAAAUUUUUAUUUCCAGAUGUGCUGCACACCAAAGUUUUCAUGCUUAGCUGUGUAUUUUAUUGCUGUAAUAGUAUUUUAUUAAUGUAUGAAACCUUAACACUAGACUAUUUAGUUUGAAGAUUAUCUCUAACUGAAGUAUUUUCAGUGAUGUCAGUGCAAAAUGACACUGAGAGCAAGAGAAAUGAUGACUGAGUGAGUGAAUAAUUCUAAAUAAAAGAUCCAAGUGUGAGUCCGA